UCCAUGCUUCUUUUGAUAGUAGGAAGAAAUGCAUCCGGCGAAGUUUUACUUUCCUCCCUCCGCUUUUUCCCCGCGUGAUGAAUAUCUGCAGCGAAGUGAAAAGAAGCGUGAGACCCUCGCCUUUCUCUCUCCAGGGGGAAAACGAGGUUAGCAACCCAGCACGGACAAGCCUAAGACACACGCCCGCGUUCACAUGUUCUCAGGGCCUCGCGCGUGGGCUAAAAGUCCCGCCCACUCUGGCCACCUUUUCAGCUCUCCGUCUGAUGCCCUGCAGCUGCCACUUGUCUCUUGCCGGGUCGCCCGGCUUUGAUCAAGCCAGCGGGGAUCGACGGGGUGGCAGCGCCGCCGCUCCUCCCCUCCCGGAGGCAGCGCCGCCUCUCGCCCCAGGUGGCUCCCGCGAACAGGAAGUCGCCCCUUGCCGCGCCUCGAACGGGCUUCGCAGUCCGCGAGCGAAGCUGCAGCCGUGGAAGGCCAGGGGCGAGUUGCAGAAGUGGCGAGCGCUCCCAGGUCGCGGGAGCUGCUCCUGCGUGUGCAAACGUCUCUUCUCGCCACGUGAGGUGGCGGAGGGAGAUUCCAAGGCUCGGGGCAAACGACCUCCCUCCCUCCCUCCCCGAGAAGUUUAAAGGAAGCGUGCAUUUCAUUUUUCGAGUUGCAUGGUUCAGACGAGCGGGGCGGGUUAUCAUUAAUUGUUCUUGUUGCGACUGUUUGCGAAGGGGAAAGGCAGAGUUGCCUCUCCCGUGUUUUUUUCUGCCUUCGCCCCCGUUAGAGUUGUAAAGAGAUCACCCUUAGACGUAGAGAUGGCUUCCAGUCCAAACGAUUCGGAUCCGAACUCCCAGCCAGGGGACGACGAUCCGAAUCCAAAUAUCAGUCCUCAAGAAGAGCUGGACUUCUCGAUUUUAUUUGAUUAUGACUAUUCGCAGCCAGUAGCAGAAGAACCGACUCCUUCACAUAAAAUCAUCAGCCCACCCACUGGAGUUACUUACCCUCAUGACGAUGUCUCGGAUUAUGGCCUCAAGCCGUACCCCUUCGCUUUGUCUAGCCUUUCGGCAAAUCACAUGGGCAGAUAUGGACAGCCAGAUAGCAUAGGGUCAAAAUGCUAUUUGGACCCUCUCAAGGCGGCAGGUCUCCCUACUUUGAGCCCUAGGAUUGAGAUAACACCAUCUUAUGAACUGAUUCACUCAGGGGGGCCCUUCAGCAGCAGAGACACAGAUCUAUUGGUAGAGCAUCAGUCCAGCUCAGCUACUGCUAGCCCAAGGUUUACCCUGCCAGUCCCUGGCUUUGAGAGCUACCGAGAACCGCUGUGCCUGAGCCCUCCUAGCAGUGGCUCCUCUGCAAGCUUCAUUUCAGAGACAAAUUUCUCUCCUUACACUUCACCAUGCGUUUCACCAAAUAAUGGCCCUAGUGAUGACCUUUGUCCACAGUUUCAAAACACCCAUGCUCAUUAUUCCCCUAGAACCUCGCCAAUAAUGUCCCCACAAGCAACUGUUGUGGAAGAUACCUGCUUGGGGCCACGUUCACCAUCACCACGUCCCAACUCAAGGUCGUCAUCGCCAGGGGCAAAGCGGAGGUACUCUUGCACUGAGCUGUACGGGAGUCAGCACCCGCACUCUUCUCCACGGCAGUCGAGGACUCCUUCUCCACAAGCCUCUCCCCACAUCUCCUUGAGAGAAGACGGAGCCACAGUCACUUACACCCAGUUGUCCACCUCAUCAAGUCUCAUGGAUGCAAUGAACAAUCUCACCACUGAUCCUUCCUGUGGAGUUCCCACAAAAAUAUGGAGGACCACCCCAGAUCCUUCGCCAGUGGCUUCCCACAAAGCCAGUAUGCCAUGUCAUGUGCUUCAGCCAAUCGAAUACAUUGGGUCCUGUGAGCAGGACAACCGAAGGAACCCCCCACCAGAUUCAAUCCUUUUAGUGCCGCCAUCUUGGCCAAAGCAGCUGAUGCCUGCAAUACCAAUCUGCAGCAUUCCUGUUCAGUCUCUUCCACCUCUUGAGUGGCCUCUUUCCAGCCAUUCGGGCUCCUAUGAAUUACAGAUUGAGGUGCAACCCAAACCUCAUCAUCGGGCUCAUUAUGAGACGGAAGGGAGUCGAGGGGCAGUCAAAGCACCAACAGGGGGACAUCCUGUGAUUCAGCUUCAUGGUUAUGUGGACCACAAGCCCUUGGGCCUUCAGAUCUUCAUUGGAACAGCAGAUGAGAGGAUUCUUAAGCCACAUGCUUUUUACCAAGUCCAUCGCAUCACAGGGAAAACAGUCACUACCACCAGCUUUGAGAAAAUAAUUGGCAACACCAAAGUGCUGGAAAUCCCUCUGGAGCCAAAAAACAACAUGAAAGCAAUCAUUGACUGUGCAGGAAUUCUCAAGCUGAGGAAUGCAGACAUUGAAUUACGGAAAGGAGAAACAGAUAUUGGCCGAAAGAACACCCGUGUGCGAUUGGUGUUCCGCGUGCACAUUCCUGAAUCCAGUGGCCGGAUAGUUUCUUUGCAAGUUGCAUCCAAUCCCAUUGAAUGCUCCCAACGCUCUGCUCAUGAACUUCCAAUGGUUGAAAGACAAGAUAUGGACACCUGCCUUGUAUAUGGUGGACAGCAAAUGAUUUUAACCGGACAGAAUUUUACAGCAGAAUCCAAAGUCAUCUUCACAGAGAAGACACCAGAUGGGCAGCAGGUUUGGGAGAUGGAGGCCACAGUGGACAAAGACAAGAGCCAAUCUAACAUGCUGUUUGUAGAGAUUCCAGAAUAUCGUAACAAGCACAUUCGUGCCCCUGUCAAGGUGAAUUUCUAUGUUAUCAAUGGGAAACGGAAAAAAAGUCAACCACAGCAUUUUACCUACCAUCCAGUGCCUUCCAUCAAAACAGAGCCCAUUGAUGACUAUGAUCCAAGUUUAAUCUGCAAUACAGUACACAGUGGUCUGAGAACAGUAACACAGCCUUAUUAUUCACAUCAUACAAUGGUCUCAGAGUCUCCUUCCUGUCUUGUGGCUACAAUGGCUUCUUGCCAGCAGUUGCAUUCAAAUCUCUCUUCUCCUGAAUCCCAGUAUCCUUCACAAAACCCAGGAGCUAUAAUAUAUCAAAGAAGCAAGAGUCUCAGUCCAAGCCACCUGGGCUACCAGCAGUCCAACUUGAUAGGGGCCCAGGUUUCCAUCCCAGAUAUUCAUAGGUCAGUGCUUGUGCACACAGGAUCCCCCAGCCAAAGUUCAGCAAUGCUUCAUCAUUCUCCAGUCAAUCAGCCAUCUUCUCCAGUGAUUCAUUGCUCUCCCACAACCAAUCAUCAAAUGAGAUGUGAAAGCCAUCAAGAGUUUCAGCAUAUAAUGUGUAGUGAAAAUUUCACACACAGUGGAGUGAGGCCCCAUCAGCCUCAAGUCAACCAAGCACAAAGGUUAAGCCCAAAUUCUUAUCCUACUGUGAUUCAGCAGCAGAGAACGGCCAAAAAUGGACCACCAGUAAAUGAUCAGAAGGAAGUGGUAUCAGCUGAAGUCACUGUAAAACAGGAACAGAAUCUUGACCAAGCUUAUUUGGAUGAUGAGCUGAUAGAUACACACCUUAGCUGGAUACAAAACAUUUUAUGAAACACAAAGGCUGUGCUUUUUUGAUCCAAGCAAACAAAGUCCCAGUUAAUGAAAUUAUCAGGAAAGAAUUUUCUGGACUCCCUGCCAGAAGUCAGUCAUAGAAGAUGAGAUUUAUGAGACAACCUUUGCAGAAUCCAUCCAUACCUGACUUCUAAGAUUCUUCUCUUGUCCUGCCUGCCUUUUGUUUCCUCAACUGAUCAUCUCAAGGCACCAGUUCAACACCAGGAACAAUGUACUGGCAUCCAGCCAACAACUUUGAGUAAGCCACUCAGCACCUCUCAUUGUAAACAUCAAACAAAAUUCUCUUGCUUUUGUCCAAAGAUCAUGCAGUUCUCAUGUAACCUUGCAAGUGCCUGAUGCAAUUUACUGAGACAUCUAAAGAUGCGUACAUGGACUGGAAAUGGCAAUGGGGGGGGGGAAGGCAUUGGUCCAGAAACUUUUAUUGAACUAAUGUAUAGUUGUGCACAUGAAUGCAUGUUAUGGACGCUGGAUGAAUUUUACAAUUGCCAACUCAACAAAAAAUAAUGAACUAGGUUUCUCAAAUGGUCACAAUACAUAGUCAGAAACAAAAUUUAAAACUUCCAGUACUCAAGCAUUGAACCCCCCUCCCUUAUAUGAAAGGGAACAGAUCUAUGUAUGCAACAUUAUUUUUAUUCUUUUUUCAAACAGAAGCAUGACCAUUGCUCUGCACAGAUCCACAGGUGUUUCAAAAAAAUAAAAAGAAACCCUCAAAAGGAGGCUGCUGCAAUGGAAAAUGGAUAAAAAUCAUCUGCUAUGGGCACAGCUUCUCGUAAAAAUGUAAAGUAGUUUUCUAGUUGUAGCUUUGUCAUAACUUUGCUCUAUUUUUAGAUGCACCAAAGACAUAUUUUCAUUGGACUAGAAAAUAUAUAAACUCAGAACACAAUGCAGUCGACAAUUAAGCAUUUUUUUAAAAAACCAAACAAUAUCUACAGAAAAAUAUCUACGUGUAUUUGAAACUCUGAAUGAAUGUUAAAGCUAAAAUAUUUACGUUUGGCUGAAGUAUGCAUUCUGUUUCACACUGUUCUAUGCAGCAUUUCACUGUUCAGUGUACAGAUUUGAAACUGAUUUAUUUUAGAUUCUUUCCCAUCCAUACAAAUAACAAAAGGUUUUUUUAAGUAAAUCAAUUAUCUCAAUGUGAUUUGGAAACUGCUUUUACGAUGUUACAGUGGAAUUUUUGCAGUUCAAAUUGUUCAACUUAUGGUAAAAAUCACAAGAUGGCAUAAUUAUAUUCAUAGGAAAUAUGAGAUACUAAGUAACUUUAUUGGUUAAGCAUAGAAAUGUUAAUGGUUAAAGCAAGUAGGACUUACUGAAUUAUUCAUUGUAGCAGCUAUAAAAUUAUCCAAAAAUCUCAGAGCCUCUUUUUAUUUGUGCUACAAUAAGGUUCUUCCCUUCAGAACGUAUUUUUUUCCUACCGAGGAUUAUCAUUGUGUAUUCUUGAUUUAGAUUGUUUUUUUUUACUCUUUUGCCCAAAGUAUGUGGUAGUUUCUUUUCUUCAUCCCUUGCAAAAUUAAAACUGUAGAUCAGUCUUGAUAACUCACAUGGUACAAAUUGUUGGAAGUGCAUACUUUUCAGGCAUAUGUAGACUUAUCCACAUUCCAUCAAAUAAGAUUCUUAAAGAACUGAUAAAAAACUAAUAAAACUAUUGUAAUAACCAGCUAACAAUUUGAUUUUAGUUUCUUGAGGAUUGGUAGACAGUCCCAGUGUACAAAUUUAUAAAUGGGCAUAGCAAGUAAGAUGAUAAUAGUACAUUUGCUAUAUAUGUAUCUAUGCAAUACAAGAAAGCAUAGCUCCAUUAUGGUGGAAACCUUUUGUCCAUAUUUUUCUAAGCUUGAUCCAGAGAUGUGAAGUAAAGGGAAUAAUGAAAAGCAACUGAAUUGGAAAGUAAUAGAGAUAAGUAUAAAAGUAAUUUUCUAGUGGCAACUAACCUAACUUCUCGAAGUUAAAUAAAAACUUUUAUUAUAUGAAACAGUUUUCAGUUUCACUUCAAAUUAUCCUUUAAUGCCAGACCUUGAAUACACUUCAUAACCAUUUUCGCCACUAAUUCUCAAAUGUUUGUCUAGGUACCUGGAUUUCAGACCACAAUUGGAAUCAUUUUUAUGCCAAGUAUAAAGUACCAAAGAAAUUUCCUAUUUGAAUUUCUUUGCUGGGUUAUUGUUCUUCCAUGAGAGUACCAUCAUUUUAUACAAAUUGUUUACCUUGAUCUGCCUAAUAUGCAAAGAGUUUUAAGGAUAUGAUGCAACCUAGCUUUGGCUUUUAGCUCUAAAACACCAGCUCUAGAAAAUAAAUUCUUGGCAAAUUUAGUAGUAUUUUUUGAUAAGAAAGUAAAAUGUCCUUUGAGUUGAGCUAUAAUUUCUUUGGCAACAAUAUACAGGUGACUUGCAAUUGCCUUCUAUAAGGACAUUCACAUCCCCAGUAGUAGUAGUAAACCCUUGUGUCCAUUUGUUUUUAUCUUGGUUUGGUGUGAAACUUACCCUCUCUGACUUAUAAAUACUGUUUCUUUGUAGAGAUGGGUUUGUAUAUCCCACUAAGUGAAAAACCCAACCAACUACCUAAUGGCUCACUAUUAUUUGUGAACAAAGAAUAUUCAUGUUAUUAUACCAGUGAUUCACUGCGGAGAAUGAAAAAUAUCAGUCCACAGUUAGAUCCAGAGCUGUAGUUCUUGCUGAUCCAACUAUUUGAUCAAAUGUUCUUACCAGUUUUCUGUAAAGCAUACGUAAACAUGAAAAGUACUCAUAAAGUUCUUAGUUCUCUUUCAUUUCCUAUGGAUUGAAACCAUAAGGAAUUACAACAGAACAGCCAUACUGCUUCUCAGCAAUAUCUAAAAAAAAAUAGAGCUUUUCAGGUGCAGCAUUGUAUUCUUUGCAUCUUCCUUAUCUGCUGCAUUAUAUGUUCAUUUAUGUGUAGUAUAGCCUACAUAUUUUAAAAAAUUUAUACAUAUAUGUAUGUGUAUAUGUAUAUAUAUAAUGACUACGUGUUUGCAAGCUAUCCUACUGUGUCUGAUUUAGAAUAUUUAGCAAGCAACCAUUUGCCCAUAUUAAGCCUUAACCAAAUAUAUAUUUCUCAAGCAAAGACAUUCCACUAUAGAUGUUUGUCAUAAAGAAUAACUGGAUACAUUUAAGAUAGUGCAGGUAAUUCUGAAAUGUUCAGUGAAUGAAAUUAUUUAUUUUGGUUUUUCAAUAGAUCUACAGUGUUAACAUUUGUAAACUUUAUGUAAACUUUUUUUAAUUAUUACUUUGACCUAAAAAAACAUAAGGUUUGCCUUGGACAAUAAACUGCCUUGUGUGAGUAAUUUGUUCUCAGUUUAUCUGGAAGACAGCCAUAGCUGCACAUGAGGAGAUUCUUCUAUUUUUUCCUCAGUUAUCUGAAAGCUUCAUGACAAGUGCCUUCCUGUCAUUGUACCAAAAGACCUCACAAAGCAUUGUCUAACAACUGUAACGCAUUUUCCAUUAGUGUUUUAUUAUGCUAAAGUCAAAGCAGUUUAUUGUAACUCAGUGGCAUUUUUUUUUCAACAUUAUUUUUUCUUAAUCACAGCUUAGACCUACAUAUUACAGGAUGAGCUUCUGUAAACUUUUGCACUAAAUAGAUGAAGUCGUCCAUCUUAAUAUGUAAACAGUCAGAUGGUGUUGGAGAGGCAACUGAUGCUAGUAAGAGCAUUUCAUCACUUUGGAAUGCAUUUGUUAUUAAAGAAUACCAAAGAAAAACUGCACCUGAGAAUAUUUUGUGAUUUGAAUGGAUAUGUUUUUAUUGUGAAGAAUUCUUUUUGUCUUUUUGCUUCCCUCUAAUUUUUAUUCUGGGUGUCAGAGAAACGUAGGCUUAUUUGAAUAAUAGUAAUACUGAGAUGGAAAAAAAUAUCAAAAUAUUUAUGCCUUGCAUUUGGUUAAUACUGACCUGUGGGCUCAAUCCAAACUGAAGCACUUUUCCAUGAAUCUUUUGCUAGAUAGUAAUUCAAUAUAAUAAUGUGUUACUUUAUUCUGUUUGACAUCUGGUCUUCUUGUCUAAUAGAUAUGUAAUAUAGAAAGCAUAAUUCCACUGAAUUUAGAGAGGAAAUAUCUGAAGUUGUAUUUUAACUCAGGGAUUCUCAAAUGUGAUUCUACACCUCCCUAAAAUAAUACAUGAAGUUGAAUAACUAAAUGAAUAAAACAAAUCCAUUGUUAGGAGUUAGGGUUGGGCAAGAAAUAAAUACCCCACUUAGCUAAAAAAAUAUGUCAUUUUCAUCAUAAAUGUUUGACUUAAAUUUUAAUUGGAUGAGCACUAUGGCUAGGUUGAUCAUUUUUAAUGCUUAUCUUCCCACCCAGCAAAAAUUUCCAUUUUAAAAGGCUAGAAAUUGAACAUAAUGGGUAAAAGUAUUGAAAUUUACUAUAGUUACACCCAAAUUACAGAUAUUCUAUUACACACUAUAUGGAAAGUCCCCACUUGGCAAGAAUUAAUCAGCUGCUUUGAUUGGCAAAUGGUGCUGACGGUUGGCUAGACCCACAGAUUUAGCUGUCCUGGGCUUUUCUCUCAGGCAAAGCAGAAAUGAGCAUUGACAGCUCUCCUGUUCACUUUGUCUGGGCAAGUCUGAUCAACUAAAAAUGUUGUACUCCCCCCCCCAGAGGUUCAUAAUCCACCCUUUGAGAAUCCCUGUUUUUUCUCAUACAUUAGCAGUCGCAUGAGAACAUGCACAUGUCUUUGGCUUGAUUGGACUCUGCACAUCUAUGCAUCUUGUUUGCAAUGUAUCACAUUAUAAACAUUUGCAAGGAGAGCAUUAGAUUAUAUAGAAAAGCUGCUUCUUGACUAUUGUUUUCAACCCAUUGUCGGAAUUAGCUAGCCUCUUGUAUUUUGGGGGGUGGGGAAUGGGGGUGUUAUAUAUAUUGUACUAUAAGAUUUUUUUUUAAAAGGAAAAAUUGUCUAAGAUAUUUUCUGGUUGCUACAAAGAAUGAGACGGCUCCAUGGUGGUUAUUUCUAAAUAGUGAAGCCUUCAGAAAUGUUAUUCUGUGGAGGCAAGUACUGUUGAACUCACUGAGUGAACUCUUGGGCUUAUGGAGAGCAGUAUGUGAGGAAGUUCCCUCAGGGUUUCUUAAAUAAAUUCUUUCCUUACCAGCUGCUUCCCCUCAUGCUCUCCCAGAGAACCAAAUAAGGGUUGGACAAAAGACUUAACACCGCUUCCUCAAAUGCUGUGAUUUUUUGAAACCCCAAAAACCAGUCCUGUAGACUCAUAACGUAUGUGGCCUUCACAGAUGCUUUGGUGCCUAUUUGAUAUGAUCCAUGAAUCAUCCUUUAUCGUGCUACAUUGGAUGAUGAAGGAACAUAAGUACACAAGCAGAGAAACUGCAUUUUGUUUUCUAAUUUCAGCUGCGCUAACUUGCAACUGUCUGUUGUCUGCUUCACCGGCCAAAUUAAUAAUCCUGCUUAUAAAAUUUUUGUUUAUUUCUGAAUAGUUGUAUAUAACAAAUUUAACAAGCUGGUAUCUGCAUCUCUGGAUUUCCAGGGCAUUGUGCAUAAUGAUGAAGGAAGUGCUGAGAGCAAUUGUACAGAUUCAUUUAGGCCAAAAUUGUAUUAUGCCAAGGGAACCCUACAGUCCUCUUGCACAGGGCCUGUGACAGACUGAGAAUUUUGACAAUCACAGUUUUUCUUUAAAAAAAAAAAAAGUCCUCACAAUUUCGCAUAUGGGUACCUGAAAAUGUGUUGACAAAAAAAGAUCAGAAAGGAAGAUGCAAUAAAAAGGGUGUAUAAACAUAUCCUAACAUUCUGCAUGAGGAAAAGGACUGUCAUAAUUAGUAUACUGUAUAUCAGUGCUUCUCAACCUUGGCAACUUGAAGCUGUUUGGACUUCAACUCCCAGAAUUCCCCAAGCAGCACAGCCAACUCUUCAAACUGCCAAGUUUGAGAAACAGUGCUGUAAAUAAUAAGCACAAUAAAUUGCAAUCCAUAGUUGUCGUUGUUUUAAAUCAGAUAACUGGUGUCUCAGGAAUGUGGUCAUUAUAUACCCUACCAAUAGACGGUUAAUUUUUGUGUUUCAGGAAAUGAAAUGCAAGUUGUGUUCUGCAUAUAAUUAUUCAGCUCGUGUUGUAUGUAUCCUCAUUCUUGUUCGUUCCUGAUAUCACUUGCCAUCAAAUGGUGAAAAAGAAUGUGGAAUGUAAAAUAUAUCAAAAGGAAGUCUACUGUUAUUUUCUCCCCUGCCCCCAUCUCACUGUCUCUCAGUUCAGCAGCUUUGAAAGGUUUCAGUGAAUUACCAAGCACCACUUGGAAUUGCUAAUGAAAAAUGUGGAUUAGCAUCAGGUAACAACCCAAAGUAUCUGAGGUGUGUGUGUGUGUGUGUGUGUGUGUGUGUGUGUGUGUGUGUGAGAGAGAGAGAGAGAGAGAGAGAGAGAGAGAGAGAGAGAGAGAGAGAGAGAGAGAGAGAGAGAGAGAGAGAGCGCAUUGGUCCUUUGGUAACUUUGAUCCAUUAAGACCAUGCCAUUAAAUUCCAGCUGCUGCAUGUCAAGUGUGAGAUUUGCAAUCCUAUCCUUCUUGUGGGCUUCCCAGAAAUAUCUGGCUGACCAUUGCGGGAACAGGAGGCUGAUCAGAUGGCGCUCUUCUCAAACGACACCAAAGAUUUCUGAUUUUCCAAAUCCGUCAGCCAAAUCAAUGAACUGUAUACCUCCAAAUUAAAAAAAAUGUAUACAUCAAAAUUGUACAUUUGGCUUAAAAUAAUUCUUUGCUUCUGCUUCCUAAUCAUCAACAUGUUUUACAAGCAGGGAUUCAAAACUAACGUUUAAACUAAACUGCCCUAAGAAGCAAUUCAGCAUGGAGAAAUGAGGUUUGUUUGGAUUGCAAGGAAGUCAAAAUGAACAUAUAUUUCCAAGUGUGGCAAGGUAAAUAGUCAGCCUGGGUUGCAGCUAGUCAUGUCUGCUUGUUGCAGUCACAGGGUCAUCAACCUAAAUGCAAAGCAGCUUUAUUGCUCAAAUAUUAACAUAUGACUAAACUGCUCGCUCACCUAUUUUUAACUAAAAAACCAAAAAGCCCCACAAGAAUGGUGGGUUGUAUCUGUUAUAUUGCCCUCUGUUGUGUUUUAAUCUCAAGUUUAAUUGUGAUUUUGCUUUUUUGUAAAAUAUUUUUAUACAGCUUGUAUUAUUAAGUUCAGCAAUAAAUUGGAGGACAAACAGCUA